AUGUCGCGCGCAAUUCUCAUCACUGGCGCCACAGGCAAACAAGGCGGUGCCGUUGUCAGUGCUCUCCUAGCCAGACAACCAUCGGACUUUCUGCUUCUUGCUGUAACGAGAAACGCUCAAUCGCCAUCUGCCAAACGUCUGGCAGCUAAAUCAUCGAACAUCAAACUUGUUGAGGGUGAUCUCAAUGCGACCCCGGCUCUGUUUACCUCAGCAAAGGCAGCGGCUGGAGCUGUUCCGCUAUGGGGUGUAUAUUCCGUUCAAGCAAUGGGCGACCAGAAAUCGGACAGUGAGACGAGACAAGGAAAGGCGCUGAUUGAUGAGUCCAUCAAGGCAGGGGUGCGGCACUUCGUCUACAGCAGCGUCGAGCGAGGUGGCGACGAACGGUCUUGGAGCAACCCUACACCGGUACCGCACUUCAUCACAAAGCAUCAAAUCGAACACCACCUCCGUGACAGCGUCGCCAACAGUAAAACGGACAUGGGCUGGACGAUCCUUCGGCCCGUCAUUUUCAUGGACAAUCUCAUGCCAGGCUUCUUCGGCAAGGUGUUCUUCACCAUGCUCCGCGACACCUUGAAGGAGAAGCCUCUGCAGUGGAUCGCCACCAAGGACAUUGGUUUCUUCGCGGCUGAGGCGUUCCAUGAUCCGGCUGCCUGGAACAACAAAGCUGUCGGGCUGGCGGGUGAUGAGCUUACCUUCUCACAAAUGAAUCAGACAUUCGAGAAGGCGGCUGGCGCACCCGUCGGAACCACGUUUGGAUUCCUCGGCAAAGCUUUGAAGCAUGGAGUCUCUGAAAUUGGUGUCAUGGUCAACUGGUUUAAGGAUGAUGGCUACAAGGCGAACGUAUCACAAGCCAAGAAAGUCCAUCCGAACAUCCUGACUAUGGAAGCUUGGUUGAAGGAGACUGCCUUUGUAAAGAAGUGAUGAUUGUCCAGGCACUUGGGACUCAGGAAGGAACUAUGUUGUUUCGUAAUUUUUGUGCAACAGCUCUGAGAUAGCC